AUGCUAGGCGCGCCCCAGCGGAGAUCUCCCAUCGUGGAAAAUCAUGCCAUUCACAUGUUGAAGAGGAAGCGUGCGGACUCUAGUGAAAGGGUCACUCCUGCGCCAGAACGCUUCCAACACUCCAAGAUAUAUACCCGUCCCUUCGAUGCGAAUGGCAAUGAUAGGACAACAAUAUCUCCACACUCACCCUCGUCAAUGGGGAAACUAGAAUCCCCAAAGCCAUCGCCACAACGUGACCCCCCAACCCACAACUCGCUACAAGCUAUGAGACAAACUACGGAGUCUGGAGACAAGCCCCCGUCCACAAACCCAGUGGAGUCGGAAUCAACAGCAACUGCAGGAACAGCCCUGAAAAUGGAUACAGAAACUUUACGCCGCACGCUCGAAUCACAGUUGAGCCUGGAAAUACUCCUGAAACAUGAUGAGCUACGAUUGAUCGACCAGGAAAUGGCGAAAUGUCAAGUCGCACUGGACCAACUUCGUCGGUGUUCCGAAAUUCCGUAUCCUGGAUCAAAUAUUUCGGGGCUCUCCCACGAUGUCAGCAACGGCACUGGAAACGCAAUAAUGCCUGCGGCCGUGCAUGGUCCACCACCAAUAUCACCAUCGCCGUGGGGUAUCACUGAUGGGCCCUACAGCAGGCACUAUGCUAAGUGGCUACUUCCUGACCCCCGGUUCGAUGGAGGUGAGGUUGAGACUCCGAUUCCCCUUUCCGCAAUUGCAGCAGGCACGCCCACAGACGGACGGAUAACACGCGGUUCGUGGUCAGAACAAGGGGUUACUGGGACUUUGCGUUCACAACGCGGCUCUGCUGGCUCCAAAUUGCAAGCACUAUCUAGCGGGUAUCCGCAACCGAAGGAUAAAGCCGGACCUAUGAUAAUAAAGCGCAAGAGCGAUGGCCAACUUGUCAAAUUAGUUUGUCUUGAUUGCAGGAGGGAGAAUUUCUCCAGCACCCAAGGCUUUAUCAACCACUGCCGGAUUGCACAUAACAGGAAUUUCGCAAGCCAUGACGCUGCUGCUGCUGCAUCCGGAGAGCCGGUAGAGGUCGACGAGAAGGGCAUGGUUAUUGGGAAUAAUAACGAUGUACCUGCGGGAACCGCGGUUGGAUAUGUGCAUCCUCUGAUACGGUCAGCUCUCCUUGUUGGUUCUACUCCGCAACCUGGUGCGCGUCGUGCGGGCCCCCAGAAUCAAACAGCAAAGCGGCCCAGUGUCAGCGGAACACCUCGUACUUGCAGCAAUCAGCCUGGAAACGGAUCUUCGCCGUCGCAAACCGAAAAGACCUCUAUUUCAAGCCAUCCGCGACCGCAAAAAAUUGUCGUUGAAUCUCCCAGUUCCUCUUUUCAAGCUUCUCCAAAGACUCCAAAUCUAUCUUCCCUAAUGAAAAGGAGGGGUAUGACAGUGGAUCUGCUUGACAUCGUGAAUGACGCCUUGACGAAAACAGAACUAGACAUGUUUUCAGAGGAUGAGUUAAGCGAUGGGGCAGAAACUGAGAAUGAACACCCAAACCAUGAUCGAUCUAAACUUAGUGUCCGAGGAAGCAGAUUACCCGCGCGAACGAUAGUUUCACCAUCCAAUGUAUCGUGGCCCGAGAGCCGAAAACGAGCUGAAAAACCAAGCUGCAAGCCUCAGCCCGCUCCUCUUCCCCUUCCCCCCUCGCCUCGAACCCCUUACGUAUCUCCAUAUGCCCCAGCUUCAGGGUCCUCUCAUGCUCACGAUGUCGACAACCAAAGAAGUCAAGAAAACAACGUCGAUAUAAUAAUGGCUGAUUCGAUUUCUUCUGAUCUCAGUCCUCACACUGCGGAGUCGAACCAGGCACCAAGCCUUGUCAGUGAUGACGAGGAUUAUGAAGCACCGUCAGAAUCAGUAACGCCUAGCCCCAGCCCUUCCGUGGCAAGCGAUGUGGGUCCUGACAACAUCGAGGUUAGGGAUGGUGAUGAGGGCAGCGGAGGAGGCACGAACGUAGCCACCACAGCAGCGUCAGAUACGAAACCAGGACCCGAAAUUACCAGCCCUUCCAAACAUCACCCUCCCCCAGUUCCUCGAGAAGUUUACAAGCGGGAAGUACCCAGGAAGAAGAAGAGAAGCUCUCAGAAUACCGGAAAAGCACCUACCGUUACCGCUCCUACUCCCGCGACCCCGUCCCGUGCCAAUGAGAAAGAGCAGAGGCAUGUUAGCUUUGUGAGUCCGAUUACCACUCCACGAAGAACAUCGAAGGAUGGCGGUGGAAAGAGAAAUCGUCGUGGAUAGAUUUGAUCGUUCGACCGUAAUAAUUUCUAAAUCUCUAUGAAUGAUGUACUAUGUGUUUUCCCUUUUUGUUCACUCGUCCACUUUUACUAUUAGAGACUAUUGUUUUUCUCUCUACUGCAGAGAUUUUUUCCGUGCCCGAGACUUAAGACGUUGCUAUAUACGUUGCUAUAUAUUUUGUACAUUUUCACCUACCGACCAACCGAAACUGUGAGUCCUGGCAGGUUUUUGUUUCCUUAUGAACGAAUUCCCUUCUGCUUCUCCUCUCUCCAUUUUCCUUUACUCCUUUUUCUCUUAAACCGUUUUGUAGGCCUGCUUAGCCUUUCGCCCUCACCCUCAUGGUUCCUCUCUCCUCUUCUUCUUCCAGCAAUUUAUUUAUUAUUAUAUUUAUUACUGUACGGGCGGGAAAGGGAAUGGCUGGGCGGGCUUGUUGUCUGGGUCUGGGAUAUGGUUGUACUCUUCUUGCUUCCUCCUGGGUUCUCCUUUGCUACCUUUUUUAUUUCCCACGCUGGUCGGUUUUGGUUGGUCCAGGGUCUUGGGUCUGGGUUCGGCGGGACUGGGUUGAUAUCAGGGGCCAUAAAGGGAUUAUUGUAUUUUGAAACUUAUCGACCGUGUGUGAUUAUCCAAUCUGUUUAUCUUUUU